AUGACGUUGAUGAGUAUGUCUGUGAUUUUGCUCGCCAUCGUUGAAGAUAUGCCGAAAUUCAGUAUGUCGGCGAACAGAAGAGGUCGCGGAUCAUUCUCCGGGAUCCCUUUAAUAGGUUUGUACUACUUCAUUCUACUGGCCAUUAUCGGUCUUUCAACGGUCACCACGUCGAUGUUCGUGUUUCUGGAGCGUGAUGUUCGAGUGAAGCACGAUAUUCCGUGGUAUCUCCAGUGGUUAUCGUUCGAUGUUCAGCGAAGACGACUCGUUAGGAGUUUCAGUCAGUACCGCAGACAUAUGCACGACCCACAAGCUGAGGUA